AAAAAGCUGAUUAAAACCGCCAAGAUAGGUUGUCGACCCUUAAGAGGAGGUAAUUACGAUGUCAGAGAUUCCAUCAUCGAUCAAGACGGCAGUUUUGAAGCUGCAGGAGCGGUUGUUCCUUUUGCAUUUAGAGAAAGAUUUAAUAUCUUUUAUGAAAAAAACUGUUUUAAGCAUGAAAAGAUAUCAACAACAACAGAAACAAAAAACCCUGAAUGGAGAAUUAGGUCAGAUGGAUAAUGGUACUGGCAAGGCCGAAUACGUUAUUCAAGCAGUUUAUUUAAAGAACUCAUAUUUCAGGUUAUUAAGUCACCAAUUAUGCCAGUAUUAUCAAUUAGAACACUGGAAUAACACUUCGAAUGAAAUAGUAGCAAGUUUCCUGCCAGAAGUUAAUUAUGGGGCAUUUUUGAAGAAAUUGGAUGGUAAGAUUAAGGAUGACGAAGGUGAGUUUGUAAAAAUAUCUGAGUAUGUUCAACUGAAUCCAAUUUCACAAGGGAACUCUGUAAAUAAAGUGGGUGAGGUGAAUCAAAGUAUUCCAGUUAAACCAAAAAUGUUGAUGAAGAAAAGGUCAACAUCUGCCUCCCCAUCACCAUCGGUUCAAGGACAAGCAUCAAAUUCCACAUCAGCAUCAGCAUCAGUUUCUGAAUUAGCAUCAGAAUCUUCUAUCUCAGCAUCUAAUACUACCUCUGAAUCCAUACAGGAUGGUUCGGUAAAAGAGAAUGACUCAGAACCAUCGGUGGACCAGGGGGUUACGUCUCCGUUAUCUGCUGAAGAUUCAUCCAAUAUAGAAUCUGAAAGAGCUCUGAAAGAAGCAUUAUACAUGAAAAUUCGUGAACAAAUAUUUCAAAAUGAAAAGGAAAAUAACCAAAGUAAUGAAGAUGAUGAAAGGGAAGAUGAAGACGACAAUGGCUCAAAUACUGAUGCUACCACGGAAAGUGGCAGCGAAGGAACGUCUGAAUCAAGUAUUGACACUUCUGACUAUUAUAGAUUCAAUCCCAAUAAUACUGGUGCGAAUCCACCAGUUGCACCACCAAUAUAUGGUAACUUUCAAGUGGAAAUACCAGCCUCUCCUGUGCAAGGUCUACCAGCCGGAUUACCAAUGAUGCCAAUUGGGUUCCCACCAAUACCACCGAUGGCCAAUGGCCCAUAUGGUCAGUAUAGUCCAGCAGUGCACUCUGGAUUAGCGCCUCAAUUACCACCCCAUCAUCCUCAUUACCAGCAGUACAUGCAACAACAAUUUGCAGCCGCAGCCGCAGCAUCGGCAGCAGGUCCUCCACCACCACCUCCUCCUCCUCCGGCACCAAUGAUUCCAUAUAUCAUGCCGGCUGGACAGAGUUUCUAUCAAACCCCACCAAUGAUACCAUCAGCACUCAAUAAUCAAUAUGCCAAAUCAAGUCCAAACACAAGACACGGGUCUAUCGUAAGAGGUGCUAACAAUAAAAACAGUCACAAUAACCACAGGUAUCAAGGACUGGCUGGUCAUUAUCGUCAUAAUCAAAAUCAUCAAAACCAUCAAAAUCACCAAAACCAUCAAAAUCAUCAAAAUCAUCAAAAUCAUCAAAAUCAUCAAAAUCAUCAAAAUCAUCAAAAUCAUCAAAAUCACCAGAACCACCACCAUCGGAACUACAACAAUUACGGAGGGUCCCCAUAUGAUCAGGAAACUGAAAGAAAACUCCUUAAUAACCCAUACAUCAUCCUUCCAGAGAAAAAUAACUCGCUGUCCUAUAAGAACUACAACUCACAAUCCAAGUACAACAAGAGAUCAUACGUGAACAACCAUAAGAAUCGGUACAACAACAACUACAACUACAGACAUGCAACAGAUGAUUCUUCUCACGACACCAACCAAUCCAACCCAUGAAAACACUUCAUGUUUUCAUUGUAUAUAAAAUAUAUUUCUUUCUUGACA